GGAUCGAAUCGCAUCACCUGUGAUUUUUAAAUAUUUUAUUUUGUUUAACUUUGGUGAUUAGAUGGACGAUUAACUCGUCAUGGCGAAUGUUAUUUUGAAUUUAAAUGAUCUACCGGUCAGCAAAGAGAAAAAAGAUUAUUUCUCGAUGAAUGAGUCAGUUUUGAGUCUGGAAAUGUCAAAAUCUCUCGUUGACGAGGUUUUAGCGCUGAAUCGUUUAGACAAACCAGAGUUAAAUAAACGCGUGCAAUGGAUAUCCGAACAAAUUUUAAGGUCAACCAGUUAUAACGUGGAUGCAGUUGAUGAAGAAACCCAAAAAUGUGUUCUUCAUCUAUUACUUGACUUGUUUAUUCGUGUCGGCUACAAACACGAAAGCGAAUUCGAUAUUGUCGAAAAUAUUCUGUUUGCUAGUAAAUUGGAUUAUGAAACGUACGAAAAUGGCCAAGUGUUGCAUCUUUUGAUGCGGUAUGACAUCAUCAAGUAUUUCCAGUGGCAAAUUAUCAACGAGAAAGAAGAAGAUUUUUACCGCGAAUUUGAAGAGAAAUCCAAAGAAAUGCAAAAUAAACCAAAAACUCUCAAUGAUUUACUGGAAGUUACUCUCGCCUUUGGAUCUCUCAACAUUUUUCGGUUCCUCGUGGAUUUUAUUCAUAAUCGAUAUGUCGGCCCGGCGUUCGAUUGUCCAAUUUUGGUCAAAGCCGCUGCUUGGUCGAUUUAUGUUGUGGACGAGAAAAAACCCCAAUUUUACGAGUGUUUCGAUUAUUUGCUCAAUCAACAUCAAACUGAUGUAAAUGCCGAAGAUGCGAACGGAAACACGGCUCUGCAUCAUGCCUGCAUGAACAAGGAAGAAUAUCUCAUCAAAGCUCUGCUGAACAAAAAAGCAAAUAUCGAUGUGGCAACGUUAAAAAAGGGAAUUCCCACGGAAAUUUUCGCCUCGUACUUGGAUUCACUCGUUACUGCGGUGCCAGAAGACCUUUCACGUUCAGGUCUCACAAAAUUCGGUCAAGCGCGACUUCAGCAGAAAUACGUUGAUGACCGAAUAAUUUUCAUAAAUCUCAAAAGUUUCGUUUUUUGUCCCAUCACGUACAUCGAAGUGCUGAAUUUCAUCAGUUUGCAUCACGAUUACCGGCAUUUGUUGCAUCAUCCGGUGCUGGGAGCACUACAGGACCUCACAUGGCAAAUGAUGUACUGGAAACGCGUGAUUCUGAAUACGCCAACGAUGCUAACGAGAAUUAUGUUUUUAAUGUUUUUGUUCUUGCCGUACACCGCAAAGAUACCUGGAAUGGAUGUUUUCGUAAAAGUUCUUGUUCUAGGAGUUGUUUUUGGAAAAAUUUACUUGAGCAUUUAUUUGUUUGAGUAUUACCGAGGCACGCAUCGGGUCAAUAAGAAAUUUUUCAACACCGUUCUGCUGCUGAAAAUGAUAAAUAUCACCGCUUAUCUCUAUUUUGUCUUUUUCAUCAUGGAAGAAUGCACGAUAUCGGAGUGCCCAGAAACAAUGGCGUGCACUUUUAUGUACUUUGCGAUCAAUAUCACGCUUUCGAUUGGACUUUUUAGUCCCUCAGUGGCACGUUACAACUUUAUGCUACUAAAAAUCCUCAUAAACGCCUUAAAAUUCCUCAUUUCCAUCAGUUUUCUCAUAUUCGGAUUUGCUUUGGCAUUUGUGGCGUUGUUCGGAAAAAGCUUUGGUGAGAUUCCAGACGCAGCACCAUCAGAAGAAGAGUUCAAUAUUUUAUCGUCGAGGAAGAAUUUCGCGGAAUUAGUGGCAAAUGAGACGACAACCGGCGAAGCUCAUUUCCAAAGAUUCGAUUUUUAUGCGAUUGCGAUCCUGAAAACUCUUUUUACGUUAAGUGGCGAAUUGAAUGACGACACUUUUCGGUAUCGAACAUUUAUGAGUUGUCUCUUUUUGGCGACUUUUAUCUUGGUGAUCCCGAUUAUGGCGGUUAAUUUGUUGACAGGUUUGGCAGUUGGCGAUGUUUAUGAAUUGAUUUCCCACAGCAAGUUUUGGCAUAGAAAGAUGCAAUGUUUGUUGACCCUGAGCUCCAUGUGGCAAAUUGAGGCACCGAACAAAGUCAAGCCAGCAGUUCGUAUAUUGGAUAAAUUUCUCGUGCCAUUUAAAUUAAAGGACAAUUUAAAGCGAAAGCUCCAAGAUAACCCGACAGUUGCAGUGAAUAUUCGCUCGCAAAGGAUAUUUGCUUGUAAAAAUUUGGAAAAAUAUAAUGUGGAAGAACUUGGACGACUAAAUCGUUCGAGCGUAAUUGAUGCAGUUCAAAUAAUAAAAGACAGAAUUAGAGAUGACAAACAAUGAGAAGAGGCUGCAUGAUGACUGUACUCCCGUUUUCGGGGAAAAUCCCAACAUUUGUUAUAGAAUAUUGUUAAAAUGAAUAAAUUAACGUCAUUUUUUUACCUGUUUUAGGUAUAAAUAAUUAAAUUUUUUGGAAAAAUUAGUCAGUAGACGUUCGAAAGUCAAUUAGGAUGGUUCUUCGAGGAUGUUUUAUUACCAUUCAAAGAUGCAUAAGCAGUAAUAAAGAGAAAUUCGAACAUGAAUUAAAGGAAAGGAAGGAACGAAAUUCAAGAGUGGCAGUCAAUUUUCAUCAAAAAUCAGUUUUAACGGAGUCAAAAAAGUUUAAUCAUUGUAAAAUGGUCAC